UCGAUCAAACGUAAACAAGGCAUUAUUAUUUUAUUAGAUUAAUUUUAUUUGUAUUUCAAUGCUUAUAAGCCGUUAAUUAAUUUUAAAACCAAUUAAAGUUGUGGGGAAAAACGACUUGGUUUAGAAAAAUGCGUCAUGCUAAUAAGAAAAAGGUUAUUUACUGUGGUAUAAUCGUUAUUACGUUAUUAGUUUUGCUGCAUCCAGAUAUGAACGCCCGCCGUUCUUACGAGUUUAUUGAAAAAGAUAAUAUCCUUCGUAGCCUUCAUGAGGCAACUGCUGACAAUUUUACUAGUUCCGCUGUACUUGACUGUGAUUAUUACGACAUUAUACACGAUGAAACUACUCUGUCCAUUAGUUUAGUAGACGGAGACUUAAUUGAGGGCCAUAGGAUAAAGGAAGGUGGAGAAUACGCUCCGUCUGAUUGCAAACCCAAGUAUAGUACGGCUAUUAUUGUUCCUUACAGAGAUAGUGCUGAACAAUUACGUGGGUUCCUAGUGUACAUGCACACAUAUUUCCAUCGGCAACAUAUCCAUUAUAGAAUCUAUGUUGUUGAACAAGUGGACUCCCGUCCUUUCAACCGAGCCAAGCUCAUGAACAUUGGGGCUAUUGCUGCUAUGAAAGCUGGCUACCCUUGCUUAAUACUUCAUGAUGUUGACCUCUUACCUUUGAGGCCAGCAAACCUCUAUGCUUGCACUGAGCGACCCAGGCAUAUGUCAUCUAGCAUCAACAAAUAUAGGUUUGUCCUUCCAUAUUUAAACCUCGUUAGUGGUGCAAUAGCAAUUUUAUCAAAGCAGUUUAAAACUGUAAAUGGGAUGAGCAAUGAAUUCUAUGGUUUUGCUGGUGAAGAUGAUGACUUGUACUCGAGGUUGGAGGCAAGUAAUCUGAAACUGUGCAGGUUUCAGCCAGAGACUAGUCGAUAUCACAAGGUCUCAUCUAAACCUGAGAGAAAGGUAGAACAACGAAAAAAGGUGAUAAAGUUCACCAAGGAAAGGAUGGCAACAGACGGGUUAAGCUCACUACAAUACACAGAGGUAGCCACUGUUCUUCAUCCACUCUUUACCCAUAUCAUGGUUGACUUGUAGCAUAUCAUUUAAUACUACAAUUACACCCAUUUCUUUAGGUACUUUGUUAAAUAAUCCUUCUCAUCUAACCUGACCUUACACUCGUAAGUUGCUUCCUUAAAAAUUACGCAAGUAAGGACGCAAGUGUCUUGCGCAUGUUGAGGCACAUGCGCAGGUUACAUUUAUAUCGACUCGCGCAUGUACCAAAGCAAAAUACCCGCCCGCGUGCUCUUGUCACUUGCGCAUGUUAACUUGCUCCAGCUAUGUAUAUGCACCGUGUAGACGCACCCUAACUUCCAUAAGUUGUAAGAAAUUACUAUAAGCGACUAACAAAGGGAUUUUACAUUUGUAAAUGUAAUAUAAGCCACUUACGUGAGUAAAACUUACAAGUGUAAGGCUAGCCUAAAGUAAGACAAAUAUUUAUUUAAACAAGUACCAAAUCAAAUGGACUAUAGAGUUACUCAUAUCACUUCCUGUUCAAUUUCGCUUUAAUUAACUGAAAUUUUAAGACCACUUUAAUAUAAGUAGUGAGUUAGUAAGCUAGAAUAUUAGAAAUUAAUUCUUGAAACAAUAAACUUUAGACUCAAUUUCAAAUAUAGCUUGACUUGAAUAGAAGAUAGAUUCCAAAGCCAUAGUCAGACUACUGAUUAUAAAUUCACAUAAAAAUUAUAGUUUACAAGCAAUUUACGGCAGAUUUGUUAAAGGCCUGACAAUAUAAUAACCAAAUGUUUUAUUUAACACUACAUAAAAUUUGGGUGUAGGGCAGACAUCACAGACAACUACUUUUUGAAUACUAUUUUUGUUCAAAAUGUGGUAUUUCCAUAAUUACUGAUCUAUGAUCUCCUAACUACAUAAGAAAUGGCUUUUAUCAAAUCUGCUUUAAUGCAAUACUAGUCAUAAGAAGACCAAUACUUUUACUCAGCUAAACCGCUAAUGUUCCUAAUGUCAUUUCAAUCUAAUUAAAACAAUACUAUUAUAGUAAAACAUUGUGAUAUUCUUGUUGAGGGAUUGAACGAUUUCUGUCCAUAGAGUCCUGUAGUUAAUUAAUCUAGUGCAAUUACAUCUAAAUAAAUCUUAGUAUGUUACUAUUUAUGAGAAUUGAUUGUUUGAAAACUUUUAAAGUUGUUGACUUGUACUUAAAUUGUUUCUAUCAAUAAGCAAUUGUUUAUUCAAAUGUAUUGGAAUUUUAAUGUUUAUGUUAAGACCACUUGAAGUUAGGUAAAAUGUGAGUUUACGCUGUUUUGGAUGACGUCAGAGCGGUACCUACUUGUACUUUAUGAUACUGAAUAAAAAUUACGAACAUACGAAUUUGAACUUUAUAAUGAGAACAAUAAGGUCUCAAUUUCAAUAACCAGCUCUGGCGUCAUUAUCAUAGCGUCAAAUGCAUUGUUGGUAAGAUGUAAAAGGGAAAUGAAUUAUAGAAACAGCAAUUUUUGCAAUAAAACUGGAAUAGUGAUAAUAAUGAAUUGUUAAAUAAAUGAAAUAGAAAAGUCAUAUCAGUGAAACAAAGGAAUUUGAAUGAAAUUGUACCUAAUGGGUAGGUAAUUAUAAUAAGUAGAUCAGUUGGUAGAUAGCUAGGUUUUGACGUCAAUAGUGGUUUCUAGAAAGGUUUGAAUUUUAAAUAGAAAGUCCAUUAUUUUGUAAAUGACACUGUUAUUGCUGCUUUAACGUAGUCGGUUACACGUUUUACAAUAAGUAGAAUUUAAAAUUAAUAAAUGCAUAAAAAUAUCGUCCUAUAGAAUAAAAUAUCAAUACCUAGGUACUAUUCAAUCUCGCUGUGUCAGCCAUACUACUAAAUAUUUCAAUUUAUUCUACGUUACUUACCUAUUUCUACAAAUGAAUGUAAAUUCAUCCGUCCAUCAUUUGAGUACAGCUUUUCCAAGUUACCUACUAAACCACCAUCAGAAUCAAACAUAAAACCAUGAGGGCACAAUAAUACCGCUUGCUUGGCGACUACUACAGUAAAGAGUCGUAAGUACAAUUCUCAAUAGAGCCUUCUUGAGUUAUCAUUAUUGGACUGUAGAUCUGCUUUUAUAGGCAAAUGACGUCACUACCAGUAGGAAUAUUAAGCUCUAAAGCUAGUGGUAGUUUUUUUUUCAUCCAGUUUCAAAAGCAUAACUAUCCAGCUAGUGCAUUUGCUCAAUCAAGCCAGGAAUUUAUUUCUACUUAAAUAAACAUAAUGUACCUAUAUGAAUUUGGUAGUAAAUAAAAAGAGUUAUAAAUAAAA